AUUCGCCGAGCAUCUAGCUAGCAUAAGCCCUACACCCCGAGAGCAAUGCAAGCUCUCGGCUAUGGCGCCUCUCACUCUAGAGCAUCCCCGACAUUCCAUCUCCCGGCGCCAGUGCUAGGUCGACCUUGCGGUACUGAUUUUGUGGAUAGAUCGUUUGGCAGCGACGUCCAGAGGAUAAAUGCAGGCUCUAGGAGUAGAUUUCGAGCUCGCCCUAGCGCGCAGCUGAGUAGUGACGACCAAUCGGUGCCGGAGCAGUCGUGGAAUCGAAGGCUGCGAGCCGCGCUGAGCAGAUAUUACGGGAAUUUUGUCCAGGAUCUAGAAACCGAGGCUGGGGUGGAUGUAGAGAAGAUUAAGGAGGUCGUGACUGCUCGGUACAAGGAAUUACGCGAGAAUGCGUCUCAUGUCUUUGACAGAGCGGCGUCAGCAGCGCAAGACGCUAGAGGAAGAUUGGAAGUCGCUAGAAACGAAGGUGAUGAGCUGCUCGAGGAUUUCAGGCUUAAGGUAUGGCCUCGAAUCGUAGCCUGGCACCAAUGGGAGCGAUGGAAGAAGUUGGAUGCUCAACACAUUGGAGCGCUUGUUCUUUACCUUCUACUGGUCAUUGGUUCCUUCCGAGGUCUCUACGUAGCGGCAACCACACCUCGGCUAAGCAAAAGAGAGGCCAAGGAAUUGACUGAAGCGUACUUGGAGGCCACGAUUCCAGAACCAACGUUGGAAAACGUUCGCAAGCUGGAGAAGCUUCAAUGGCGAGAAAAUAUGCCUGGCGGUGUUCGCGUACGAAAGCAUCUACUGCAACCCGAUGGGAGUUAUCGUCACGAUUCUUCGUUCGUUGGAGAGCACGCUUGGGACGAUGAAGCAGCGGCAGCGCAAGAAUUGAACGAAAGCGCCGAAGAUACUGGAACCAACGAGAAGCUUACGUGGAGAGAAAGACUGACGAAACUAGAGGACAUGCUUGAGAAAGAAAGCAUCAAGGAAGACACUGAUGCGUUAACAAGCAAGUAUGUUGUCCUCCUGGACAGCGAGGAGAUGGCCAAGGAUAUUGCUGAGAAAAAAGAAGAGCCGGUCAUUCCUCCGCAAUAUGGGAGGGGUUUCUGGGCUGCCAGAAGGUGGUGGAAAUACAGGCCGAAGAUGCCGUACUUCGAUUUUUUUGAGAAAGUGGAGAGAAUGGAGGUUCAAAGUGCCGUAUUUAGCCAAGACCGGACUCGGUUGUUCGUGACAAUGAAAGAAGGAAUGAAAGAAUCUCCGACUGCGAGGAACUCUGAUCCUGAUCUAGAAGGCCACCAUCCCAAAAUUGGUCGAUCGUCCCCUUAUUAACAAGGAAAGGAAGAAGAGGAGGAGGAGCCACGGACAAGAAUGGAUGAUCCUGGUGAUCCUCUGCGGCGAAGAUCUCUGGAAAGAGAAUGUGGAUGCCCCCACCUAAGCUAUGCACGGAGCGCGAAGGGAGAAGAACGAGAACGAGGGAGAACAAAAGAAAGAGAGCCGCGAGCUUUCUUCCCCUAAUCGGACAAAAUACUCGGGGCUCUAUUCUUUGCACCGUUGGAUGCCGGAUCUAGCGGUCCUCACAAGCAACGGCGAUAAGCGCGCCACGCAGGACGCCGGGGAUUGGGCCACGUGCUCGGGCUGGUCCCUAUCCAGCCGUCCAUCUCGUACCUAUCGACGGCGACAUCUUUGUAUAAAGCUUAUAGCAUAUUUAAUACGAUUAAGAGUCUUUUCAGACUGCC